GAAACGCUUCCUGGUGCUCCCGUUCCUGGCGGCAGAGUCCCGGGCACUAGUCUUUGCUUGGGUAAAGAAAGAGGGCUUUUCUUUUCGAGAAAAUUCAGAAAUUUGUUAGGAUUCAGGCUAAACUGGUAAAUGACGAAGGGGCUUCUUCCAGAGCUGAGGAGGAAGGGUUGUCCGGAUAAUCACCAGAAUGGGAGUGAAUGACUUGUGGCAAAUUUUGGAGCCUGUUAAGCAACACAUCCCCUUGCGUAAUCUUGGUGGGCAAACUCUUGCAGUUGAUCUGAGUCUCUGGGUGUGUGAGGCACAGACAGUCAAAAAAAUGAUGGGCAGUGUCAUGAAGCCCCACCUCAGGAACUUAUUUUUUCGUAUCUCAUAUUUAACACAAAUGGAUGUAAAACUGGUGUUUGUUAUGGAAGGGGAACCACCGAAGCUGAAAGCUGAUGUCAUAAGCAAGAGGAAUCAGACUCGGUAUGGCUCUUCUGGAAAAUCAUGGUCUCAGAAAACAGGGAGAUCACAUUUUAAAUCAGUCUUAAGAGAGUGCCUCGAUAUGCUCGAAUGCUUAGGAAUCCCCUGGGUUCAGGCUGCCGGGGAAGCUGAAGCCAUGUGUGCUUACCUCAAUGCUGUUGGUUGUGUAGAUGGCUGCCUCACCAAUGACGGGGAUACUUUCCUUUAUGGGGCCCAGACUGUGUACAGGAAUUUCACUAUGAAUACAAAGGACCCACAUGUUGACUGUUACACAAUGUCAUCUAUCAAGAGUAAACUAGGUUUGGAUAGAGAUGCUCUGGUUGGAUUGGCAAUACUUCUUGGCUGUGAUUAUCUCCCAAAGGGAGUCCCCGGAGUUGGAAAAGAGCAAGCAUUAAAACUUAUACAGAUUUUGAAAGGGCAAAGUUUACUUCAGAGGUUUAAUCGGUGGAAUGAAACAUCUUGUAACUCUAGUCCACAACUGCUAGUCACUAAAAAACUGGCUCAUUGUUCUGUAUGUUCUCAUCCAGGUUCCCCUAAGGAUCACGAACGUAAUGGUUGCAGAUUAUGUAAAAGUGAUAAAUAUUGUGAGCCACACGAUUAUGAAUACUGCUGCCCUUGUGAGUGGCACCGUACAGAACAUGAUAGGCAACUCAGUGAAGUAGAGAACAAUAUUAAAAAGAAAGCUUGUGGUUGUGAGGGAUUUCCCUUCCAAGAGGUUAUUCAAGAAUUCCUUUUAAACAAGGAUAAAUUGGUGAAGGUUAUCAGGUACCAAAGACCUGAUUUGUUAUUGUUUCAGAGAUUCACUCUUGAAAAAAUGGAGUGGCCCAAUCACUAUGCAUGUGAGAAGUUGCUGGUACUUUUGACCCGUUAUGACAUGACAGAAAGAAAGCUUGGUAGAAGGCACUCUAAUCAACUACAGCCAAUUCGAAUUGUUAAGACCCGAAUCAGAAAUGGAGUUCAUUGUUUUGAAAUAGAAUGGGAAAAGCCUGAACAUUAUGCAAUGGAAGAUAAACAACAUGGAGAAUUUGCUCUACUAACAAUUGAAGAAGAAGCAUUGUUUGAAGCAGCCUAUCCUGAGAUCGUUGCUAUUUACCAAAAACAAAAAUUAGAAAUUAAAGGGAAGAAACAAAAAAGUAUUAAGCCUAAAGAAAACAAUUUGCCAGAACCAGAUGAUGUAAUGAGCUUUCAGUCACUCAUGACUUUAAAACCCACAAGUGAAAUCUUUCACAAGCAGAAUUCCAAGUUAAAUUUGGGAAUUUCACCUGAACCUACGUUACCACAGGAAUCUAUUUCUGCCUCAUUGCACAGCUUGCUUUUACCUAAAAAUGCUCCAUGUUUGAAUGCACAAGAACAAUUCAUGUCUUCUUCAAGACCUUUGGCUAUACAGCAAAUUAAGGCUGUCACUGAGUCUCUAAUUUCAGAAUCUAGUCAACCUGGGACGUCGUGUCAUAAUAUAUCCAUGAUUACCGAUCUCCACUUGAGCACCAUUGAUUGGGAAGGUACUUCUUUUAGUAAUUCUCCAGAGAUUCAAAGGAAUACCUUCUCUCAAGGUUUGAAAUCAGAAGUUGAAUCAGAGCUAUCAGCUAUCCCUGGUGGCUUUGAAAAUACCCGAGAACAACUGCCAUGUGAAUCAGAAAGGUACACUGCAAAUAUAAAUAAAGUAUUGGAUGAGGAUUCUGAUAUAAUUAGUUCUGAAGAGCAUCUGCUUUCUGGCAUUACUGAUUUAUGUCUUCAGGAUUUGCCUUUAAAGGAACGAAUAUUUAUAAAAUCAUUAUAUCCUCAGGAUAAUCUGCAACCAGAUGUCAACCUGAAAACUUUGUCCAAACUUAGUGUGAAAGAAUAUUGUACUGCUAACAGUGGUUCUGAUUGUGCAUCACAUUUUUCAAAGGAUCUUCCGGGAAUUCCCUUGCAGAAUGAAUCUGGAGACUCCAAAGUUCUAAAAGAAGAUGAGCUGCUUCAAAAAAACUAUAAAGUCUAUACUUCUGUACCUUAUUCUGUCAAUAACACAACGGAAAAGACCUGCAGCGUUAGAAUUAGAUCACCAAAUGCUGCAUUAGAUCAUAGUAGAAAAAUUGAUAUGCAGACCACUCAGAAAAUUUUAAUGAAGAAGAGUGUUUGCCUUGACAGACAUUCCUCUGAUGAAGAAAGUGCUCCAGUGUUUGGAAGAGCUGAGUACACAACUCAAAGAAUGAAGCACAGUUCUCAAAAGCGUAAUUCAUCCCAGUUCAAAGAAAGUGGCCGCAACAAGUUGAGUAUCCCUAAAAUACACAUUAAAGAAACUGAACAGUGUGUCAGAGCUUAUAAAACAGCUGAGAAUGAAGAAAGCUGUUUCCCAGAUUCAGCAAAAAGUUCUCUGAGUUCUCUACAGUGUCAUAAAGAAAACAACUCUGGUACUUGUUUGGAUAGUCCUCUUCCUUUACGCCAGAGAUUAAAACUAAGAUUCCAAAGCACUUGAAUUUAAAACACUUAAGUAUAACUUACUAUUUUAGUGCUAUCAGCAACAGCAGAAACGGAGGUCUCUAGAUACCUAGUUAAUGCACGGUAAAAAUUUAAUGUGGUUUUCUGUAUGUCAUGAAACAGUUGCCAUUUUAAUCAAAAUUGUAAUUUUUAAAAUGUUACCUAAAACCGGUUUUAAAAGAUCCUUUGUAUUGAAAACUUCAGAUAAUGUAUAUUUUUAAAACAUAUUUUUGUCUUCUGUCCUUGCUCUUCCUUAAUUGUAGUUUUAAAAUACUAGUAUGGUACUUGACAGAGUAAACGCUUCAUCUGUUUGCUCACUAUUGCUUUUUCUUCCACAAGCCUCUAAAGUAUUUAUUUAAAUUCCAGCUUUUUCCCAAGAGGAUAAUUCUUUACAAUUCUCUGCAUUCUUUCAAGGCCUUGCAAGGUCUUCCAUAAUAAUUCUCUUUCCUAAGAGUUAUAUUCGCCCUCAUUAUGAAGAUACCUUUAGUGUGCUUUUCCACCUUGAAGGCCUCUCACGGUUCUCUCUUUCCUAAGAGUUAGAUUUUAACUCUUUCCUAAGAAUUAGAUUCUCCCUCAUUGUGAAGAUACCUUUGGUCUGCUUUUCCACUUUUGGUGUCUUAAUCUCCUUUUUGAGGGACAAAAAUAGAAAAGGAGGGAAGAUGUCAAUGUAUUUAGUAAAAAUCAUGCUUGUAAUGGCUGAAUAAACUGAGCAAAGUAACUUCCUAUGUAUCCCCAGAAGUUCAUAGGUAUAUAAACUGGAAAAAGAUUUGGAAAAUCAAAUGUAUAAUCAAAAAUAUUAGAAACUUGCCCAGGAUUACGUAACUAAUAAUCCUGUGGGAAUCAGUUUUCUUGCCUGCUGUGUUUUUUUUUUUUUUUUUUUUUUUUUUUUUUUUUUGCUUUUUCCUUCUAUGGCACUUUUCCCCCUUUUAUUUUGAAUCUAUGCAGUAUUGACUUUGAUAGCACCAAAUACUAAAUCUUGCAUUAAUUUAGGUAGCACUGAAAAAUUCUAGACAGGCAUCCAGAUUUAAAAGAAAAAAGGAAAAUUGUCUCUGCAGAUGACAAGAUUGUAUGUAUCAAAAAUCCUAUGGAAUCCUCUAGAAAACUGUUAAAACUGAUAGUGAGUUCAGCAAGGUUGCAGAAUACAAGACCAAUGUGCAGUGAUCCUUGGUUUGUUUGUUGUUUGUUUGUUUGUUUGUUUGUUUUGAGACAGAGUCUCGCUCUGUGGUCCAGACUGGGAUGUAGUGGCCCCAUCUUGGCUCGUGGGAACCUACGCCUCCCAGGUUCACAUGAUUCUUGUGCCUCAGCCACCUGAGUAACUGGGAUUAACAGGCAUGUGCCACCAUGCCCAGCUAAUUUUUAUAUUUUUAGUAGAGAUGUGAUUUUGCCAUCAUGAACUAGUCAUCAGGCUAGUCAUGAACUUCCGGCUUCAAGUGAUCCACCCACCUCGGCCUCCCAGAGUGCUGGGAUUACAAGUGUGAGCCACCAUACCCGGCCUCAAUUGUAUUUCUGUACACCUCUAAAUAAAUGGAAAUACAUUCCAUGUUCAUGAAUCAGAAGAAAUAAGAUGACAGUACUCCCCAAACUGAUCUACAGGUUAAAUGUAAUUCCCGUUAGUUCCAGCUGCUUGCUUCUCUGAUUCUAAAAUUCAUAUGGAAAUUUCAGGAACACAGACUAUUAAGAAGAAUCUUGAAAAAUUUUGACUCUCCUGAUUUUAAGUGUACAAAACGACAGUAGUGAAGAAUGUGUUGUACUGGUGUAAAGGUAGAUCUAUAGGUCAAUACAGAUCAAUGGCAUAGAAUUGAGAGUUCAGAAAUAAGCCCUCACAUUUAUGGUCAGUUGAUUUUAAACCAGAGUGCCAAGACAAUUCAAUAGCAAAACAAAACAGUCUGAACCAACUGUCUUUUGGAUCUAUUGGAUUAUCCACAUUAAAAAAAAUGACAUUUGAUUCCUACUUCACUUCAUAUUUAAAAAUAAAGUGGAUCGAAGACCUAAAUGUAAGAGCUAAAGCUAUAAAACUCUUAGAAGAAAACAUAAAUCUUUAUAGACAUAAAUCUUUGUGACUUUGAAUUAGGCAAGGAUUUCUUAAAUAUACCAAAAGCAUAGGCAACAAAAGAAAACACACAAACUGGACUUCAUCAAAACUAAAAACUUGCUUGAAAUGACAGCAUCAAGAAAGUGAAAAGACAGCUUACAGAAUGUGAGAAAAUACUUGCCAAUCAUAAAUGUGAUAAGGGACUUGUAUUUUAGAGGGACUUAAAUAAAGAACUCAUAACUCAAUUUUGAAAAGACAACUUUAAAAUGAGCAAAAUGACAGGCAUUUUUCCAAAGAAGAAACAAUACAUGGCAAAUAAGCACAUUUAAAAAUUCUCAGUACUAUUAGUCAUCAGGGAAAAGCAAAUCAAAACCACAAGAUACCACUUCACACCCGAUACAAUGUCUGCAAUCAAAAAGAUAAUAACUAGUAUUGAUGAGGAUGUAGAGAAAAUUGAAAUUCUCAUAACAUGCUGGUAGGAAUAUAAAAUGGGGCAGCCACUUUGGAAAAAGUAUGGUGUUUCUUCACAUGCAUAAAUGUAGAGUUACCGUAUCAUCCAGCAAUUUCACUCCAGGGUGUAUACCCAAGGGAAAUGAAACCAUAUAUCCACAUAAAAACCUGCGCACACAUUUCCAUAGCUGCAUUAUUUAUAAUAGCCACAAAGUGGAAACAACCCCAAUUCCAGAAUGAGGAAGGGGAAAAACUAGUGUAUAUGCCAUCUACUGUGUGCUAAGCAUUUAACCAGGUCAUUUACAAACCUUGUAUCAUCUCAACUCUGUAAGGAGUGUAUUGCAAUGUUUUGGAUAUUCAGAGAGAAAGCAUCCUUGCUGAAACAUUCUUCCAGGGUUCUGGUUAUUUUGAUUUGUUCAGUCGUGGCUAUGAUAGUUUAGACCAUCUCGUCCAGGUAAAUUCUUAGAAUAUCUAGAGGCAUUCUUGAGAUUGUAUGAGAUGAAAAAUAACAAAAUUAGUUGGGAGUGGCCAGUCUGGGUUCAUUUUGCUGUAUAUCUCAGGGGUCCCUAACCUCUGGGCCAUGGACAGGUACCAGUCCAUGACCUGUUAGGAACCGGGCUGCAUAGCAGGUGGUGAGUGGCAUACAAGCAAGAAUUACCACCUGAGCUCCACCUCCUGUCAGAUCAGCAGUGGCAUUAGAUUCUCAUAGGAGCAUGAACCCUAUUAAGAACUACACAUGCAAAGAUUUAGUUUGCAAGCUCCUGCUGAAAAUCUAAUGCCUGAUGAGCUGAGGUCAAACAGUUUCAUCCCACAACUAUCUCCCCUGCAUGGUCUGUGGAAAAAUUGUCUUCCACAAAACUGGUCCUUGGUGCCAGAAAGGUUGGGGACCACCGAUACAGCUAAUACAGGCGUAAGUGUAAAAUUAUACUUUUUCCCCCUCAAGGAUUUCUCUAUUUUCAUUGUCCAGUUUAUGUCAGUUAUUAAAGCAUUCCAUGUUUUUGUUCUUUGAUUUGGUCAUGUUAUCACUUGUAUAUCAAAUCUUAUCAUAAGUUGCUGCUUACGUAUUUGCUCAUCACUUCAUUGUCUUGUUGAGGAUGCCUAACUUCCUUUCAAAUAAUCUGCCAAAGAUCUGCCUCCAGUUACGAGGAUCCUGCAAUUGGUUUCUUUCUGGUGGCUCCAUACCAAAGCCCUGCUCUGGCCGAACUACUUUGGGCUUUGUGUAAUCAAUCUUAAGUCCUUGGUGGUUUUUCUUUUAGAUUUUUUUUAUAUGUAUAUAAAAUCUCCAACUGGCUGGAUGCGGUGGCUCAUGUCUGUAAUCUUGGCACUUUGGGAGGCCACGGUGGGUGGAUUGCUUGAGGCCAGGAGUUCAAGACCAGCCGGGCCAACAUGGCAAAACGCUGUCUACUAAAAAUAUGAAAAUUAGCAUGGUCUGGUGGUGUGUGCUUGUAAUUCCAGCUACCCAGGAGGCUGAGGCAGGAGAAUCACUUGAACCUAGGAGGCGGAGGUUGCAGUAAGCUGAGAUGGUGUCACUGCACUCCAGCCUAGGUGAAAGAGUGAGACUCUGUCUCAAAAAAAGAUUAAAAUGUAAAUUAAAAAA